CUCAACUGCAGGUUUCGUGCGUGAUAAGCCCGAAACUGAGGUGUCUCGAAGACAGAAAUACCUGUAUAUUUCUUACAAAGUAGGCAAGAUAACUUCUCGGGACAGACUCUUAGUCAUAUAUUACUAUUCACCUUUGGUGGUUUUGUCGUUAAUAGGACAAAAUGGGUUGCUGGUUUUCCAAAAAAUCUAAAAGAAAAUCACCCGAAAAAGAACCGACGACGACGGUAGAAGAGAACACGACCAGCAACAGCAUUGCCCUCGGCAGCAAUGCAACUGAGGAUCCACCUAAACAAUACAGCUGGGACAAACGUGAAAAGGUUGACCCGAAGGACUUCAUGCUAACGGGGCUGAAGGAUGCCACGGUGGGCCGUCUGCCAGGUAAGCUGAACGGACAGCAGUUUGUCAUCCAGGACUGUGACAACUGUAAGAUCUUCGUGUUGGACCACUCCGCCACCAUCACCAUCGACGACUGCACUAACUGCUGCAUCGUUAUGGGGCCAGUGAAGGGCAGUGUGUUCUUCAGGGACUGUAAGGACAUCAAGUGUGUGGUGGCCUGCCAGCAGUUCAGGACCAGGGACUGUAAGAAGAUGGAGGUGUUCCUGUGUUGCGCCACUCAGCCCAUCAUCGAGGCGUCCACGGGGAUGAAGUUUGGCUGCUUCCAGUACUACUACCCCGAGCUGGCCUUCCACUUCAAGGACGCAGGCCUUAGCAUCUUCAACAACAACUGGAGCAACGUCCAUGACUUCACGCCCGUCUCAGGGGAGACCAACUGGAGCCUGCUGCCUGAGGACACUGUGGUGUUGGACCAUGUUCCAGCCCCUGACCCGGAGUCAGAGUUUAAAUCAGUCCGGAUCUCAGCUGAGGCAUCCCGCAGCAUCGUGCCCAUGACCAAAGGAGGCAGACGCAAGGAGAGUGAUGAGUCCUGUCUGUUUGUGUUCUUCUCUGGGGACUACACCACUGCUAACGCCCGGAAACUCAUUGAUGAGGCCUCUGGGAAAGGGUUUGUGCUGAUCCAGACUAAGGAAGUGUCCAUGCGCCCAGAGGAUGUCAGCAGAGUGUUCCAGAACAAUGCAGAGGGACUCCUAGAGUGGAUCACCAACGGCCCAGUGACAGCUCUGGAGUUGAAUGGGGACGGGGUAGUGGAGGCCUGCAAGAGCAUGGCCAGUGACGUGUUCAGUGGAACCAAGGUGUUUGUUUCAGACAACAGAAAUACUUCCUCUCGAGAUGUGGACAAUUUCUUCAACUUCGCUGACAUGCAGAUGGGCUUGUGAUUGAGUCACUGUAUGACAAUCAAAACUACACCACUUUUGUAUGUUGACUUUUUUAUUGGUAGUAUGAACACUGGAUAUACCGGUAGGUAGAGAGGACAGGUUAAUCAACAUAGUGAAUGUAGGUAGGAGAGAGGACAGGUUAAUCAACAUAGUGAAUGUAGGUAGCAGAGAGGACAGGUUAAUCAACAUAGUGAAUGUAGGUAGCAGAGAGGACAGGUUAAUCAACAUAGUGAAUGUAGGUAGCAGAGAGGACAGGUUAAUCAACAUAGUGAAUGUAGGUAGCAGAGAGGACAGGUUAAUCAACAUAGUGAAUGUAGGUAGCAGAGAGGACAGGUUAAUCAACAUAGUGAAUGUAGGUAGGAGAGAGGACAGGUUAAUCAACAUAGUGAAUGUAGGUAGGAGAGAGGACAGGUUAAUCAACAUAGUGAAUGUAGGUAGCAGAGAGGACAGGUUAAUCAACAUAGUGAAUGUAGGUAGCAGAGAGGACAGGUUGAUCAACAUAGUGAAUGUAGGUAAGAGAGAGGACAGGUUAAUCAACAUAGUGAAUGUAGGUAAGAGAGAGGACAGGUUGAUCAACAUAGUAACAAUAUAGACUACCAGUCUAUCUAUCCACUAUUCAUAGUGACAAUAUAGACUACCAGUCUGUCUAUCCACUAUUCAUAGUAACAAUAUAGACUACCAGUCUGUCUAUCCUGCCCUCUAUCUAUACCUAGCAGUGGAGAGGUCAGCUGACAGGCAGCGGAGAGGUCAGCUGACAGGCAGCGGAGAGGUCAGCUGACAGGCAGCGGAGAGGUCAGCUGACAGGCAGCGGAGAGGUCAGCUGACAGGCAGCGGAGAGGUCAGCUGACAGGCAGCGGAGAGGUCAGCUGACAGGCAGCGGAGAGGUCAGCUGACAGGCAGCGGAGAGGUCAGCUGACAGGCAGCGGAGAGGUCAGCUGACAGGCAGCGGAGAGGUCAGCUGACAGGCAGGCAGCGGAGAGGUCAGCUGACAGGCAGGCAGCGGAGAGGUCAGCUGACAGGCAGGCAGCGGAGAGGUCAGCUGACAGGCAGGCAGCGGAGAGGUCAGCUGACAGGCAGGCAGCGGAGAGGUCAGCUGACAGGCAGGCAGCGGAGAGGUCAGCUGACAGGCAGCCAGCGGAGAGGUCAGCUGAUAGGCAGGCAGCGGAGAGGUCAGCUGAUAGGGCCUACUCUGGACAGUUAAUAAGGAUCAGUAGUGGGUCUACUCUCUACAGUCUAAGGAUCAGUAGUGGGUCUACUCUACAGUCUAUAAGGAUCAGUAGUGGGUCUACUCUACAGUCUAUAAGGAUCAGUAGUGGGUGUACU